CCUCGUUUGUCGCGGACCGCCACAAGGCCCUCCUCCUGCUCUCCCCAUCUCGUAUACACCUAGCUCUUGUGUCCACUUGGUACAGCGUACUAGCCGUCUGCGAUGGCAAACAACGCUGGUGCGUACCCGAUGCCGCCGCAGAACGCGGAUCUCGCGACGACAUGGGCGUACCUCGAGGAGGGCGUCGACCACAUCAUGACCAAACUGCAAACGGGUGUCUCGUACUCCAAGUACAUGAGCCUCUACACCGUCUCGUACAACUACUGCACGUCGUCGAAGAUGCAUGGAACGGGCGAGCAGGGUCUCGGGCACCGAACCAAUCUGAUGGGUUCCGAUCUAUACAAUAAUCUCAUUCGAUACUUCACCACGCAUCUGGGCGACCUCAAGAACCAUUCUGACUCGCUUCAAGAUGAGGCGCUCCUGCGCUACUACGCGCAAGAAUGGGAUCGAUACACGACAGGAGCCAACUAUAUCAACCGUCUUUUCACAUACCUCAACCGUCAUUGGGUAAAGCGCGAACGAGACGAGGGUAGGAAAGGCGUAUACCCCGUCUACACGCUGGCUCUUGUACAGUGGAAACAGAACUUCUUCCUCCACAUCCAGAGCAAAGGGCAGAAGCUGGCGGGCGCUCUGCUUCGUCUGAUCGAGCGCCAACGAAACGGCGAGACGAUUGACCAGACUCUGGUCAAGAAGGUCGUCGACUCUGAUAUCAACAAAGUGUCGUACGAGGUAUACAAGGAGCACUUCGAGGCGCCAUUCCUGGAGGCAACGGAGAAGUACUACAAACAGGAGUCUGAAGCCUUCCUCGCGGAGAACACCGUCGCCGAAUACCUGAAGAAGGCUGAGGAGCGAUUGCGUGAGGAGGAGGAUCGCGUAGAGCGGUACCUCAACAACAACACGCGCAAGGGGCUCAUCAGCAAAUGCGAGCACGUCCUUAUCCGGGAGCAUGCAGAGCUCAUGUGGGAGAACUUCCAGGAGCUUCUCGACUAUGAUAAGGACGAAGAUCUCCAGAGGAUGUAUGCUCUCCUUUCGCGUAUUCCCGAGGGUCUCGAGCCUCUGCGCAAGCGAUUCGAGGAGCAUGUCAAACGAUCUGGUCUCGCUGCAGUCUCAAAGCUCGUGGGCCAGGGCGGAGCGGAUGCCGUCGACCCCAAGGCCUACGUCGACGCCCUCCUCGAGGUGCACUCGAAGAACUCUGACACUGUCACGAGGAGCUUCCGUGGCGAGGCCGGCUUCGUGGCCAGUCUUGAUAAGGCAUGCCGAGAGUUCGUCAACAGAAACGACGCCACUGGCACCUCGACGACGAAGUCACCAGAGUUGUUGGCAAAGCACGCCGAUGCGCUGUUGCGGAAGAACAACAAGAUGGCUGAGGAAGAGGAUUUGGAGGGCGCACUAAACAAAGUGAUGGUUCUAUUCAAGUACAUCGACGACAAGGAUGUUUUCCAGACGUACUACACGACCAAGCUAUCCAAGCGACUGAUCCACGGCGUCUCCGCGUCAGACGAAGCGGAGGCGAGCAUGAUCUCCAAGCUCAAGGAGGCCUGCGGUUUCGAGUACACCAACAAAUUGCAGCGCAUGUUCACUGAUAUGAGUCUCAGCAAGGAUCUCACGGAUCAGUUCAAGGAACGGAUCCAGCAAAACCAUGAAGACAUGGACCUCACUUUCUCUAUCAUGGUCCUGGGUACCAACUUCUGGCCGCUCAACCCUACUAAUAGCGAGUUCAUCAUCCCGACGGACAUCCUGCCGACGUACGAGCUGUUUACGAAGUACUAUCAGCACAAGCACUCCGGUCGUAAGCUCACGUGGCUCUGGAACUACUCGAAGAAUGAGCUGCGAGCGAACAAGUUCAACCCGAAGUACAUUCUCAUGACGAGCUCAUGGCAGAUGGCGGUUCUUCUACAGUACAACAACAACGACACGAUGUCUCUGGAUGAACUCGUGACUGCGACUGGCGUGUCGAAGGAGUACUUGAAGCAGGUGCUGGGCGUGCUGGUGAAAGCGAAGAUCCUCAUCAGCGACGACAGCGACCAGUACGACUACAACCCGAACUUCAAGUCGAAGAAGAUUCGUAUCAAUCUGAACAUGCCCAUCAAAGCAGAGCAGAAGGCGGAGUCGGCUGAGGUGCAGAAGAUCGUCGACGAGGAUCGUAAAUACGUCAUCCAGGCGACCAUCGUCCGUAUCAUGAAGGCGCGCAAGCAGAUGAAGAAUCAGGCCCUGAUCCAGGAGGUGAUCAGCCAGAUUUCGCAACGGUUCACGCCCAAGCUCCCAGACAUCAAGAAGGCCAUCGAGCAUCUGCUCGAGAAGGAGUACAUCGAGCGAGUGGAGGGCACCCGAGACACCUUCGCCUACGUCGCGUGAUAUAUCCUGCAUGUUUGUCGACCUCGCUUUGUAGUGCUUUACGUUCAACGUCUAGACCUGUACAUUGUAGCAUAUUUCAUACUUCACGUCAUGUCUCGUCCUCUUAUGUUCUUGCUGUCCCUCACGGACAUGUCCAGGAUGCGCCCCGAUAUCGUUAGUCACCGUAUGGAUCAGAUGAGAUAACUUCAUAGAUACAUGUGUACCCCAUUGGACUGUAUUUAAGUCAAUCAGCUGUAGAACGUGAGCUUAGGUCCCGAAAGCCUAGCCCAGUGCUGCGCUGUCCUCUGGCAGAU